AAAGCUUCUUCCCGUCGCCCAACGCGUCCGACAGCAGGCACCCAGCCCAGCCAGACAUGGACUCCCAGGACUGCCCUUGUGCCACAGGUGGCACCUGCACCUGCGGGGACAACUGUAAAUGCAAAAACUGCAAAUGCACAUCGUGCAAAAAAGGCUGCUGCUCCUGCUGCCCAGCUGGAUGUGCCAAGUGUGCACAGGGCUGCGUCUGCAAGGGGCCCCCCUCCGCCAAGUGCAGCUGCUGCAAAUAGGGGACCCCUGGCUGCACAUCUGGGGGCAAUGCACAUCCGGGGGGGCCAAAGAAGAAUAACCUUAUUGUGUAUGUUAGUUGUCUUUUUUUUAUAUUUGUGUUCAGAUUUCUUUAGUGUUUGCCACUUUGACAUGUAAUAAGCUACCUAAAUAAAGUGAUAUGUAUAUAAAGGUC